AUCUUUUGUGAAGAUAUACUUUUCGUGAUAAAUAAAUUAAUUUUUUUUUUUUUGUUUUACAAUGACCGAGUAUGCUCCAUACUACGGGUUUGAUGAAGGGGUGUCCACAUCCAUUCAUCAACUCGCAAGGACAAUAUCACGGGCCCAUUUGGCAGACAAUGCAUCCAUCAAUUCCACCGACAGUGCUCCUGGGAAGCUUCCCGUGAGUGAAUCCAACGACCCUAGACUCGACCCUGAGUCUCCUGAUUUUGACUCAAAGUUUUGGGUGCGGAACUUGAGAAAAAUUAUCGAUAGUGAUCCCAAAUAUAAGUUCGCGAGCUUGGGGGUUGCAUACAAAGGCUUGAGAGCCCAUGGAAUUGCAACCGAUGCCGACUAUCAAUCCAAUCUCGAUAACGCCAUUUGGAAAUUCUUGUCUCAAACCGUAACCAACUGGAAAAACCGUACCAAUGAACGCGGUCAAUUUGAUAUUUUAAAGCCCAUGGAUGGGUUACUUCGUCCGGGUGAACUCACGGUGGUGUUGGGUCGUCCCGGGGCUGGUUGUUCCACGUUUUUAAAGACAAUCGCUUGUAACACCUAUGGGUUCCAUGUCGAUAAAAACUCGAUUGUUUCCUACGAUGGGUUGACUCCUCAUGAGGUUAAAAACCAUUAUAGAGGUGAUGUCGUUUAUUGUGCCGAGACCGAAACCCAUUUCCCACACUUGACCGUUGGGCAAACUCUUCAAUUUGCAGCCAAAAUGCGUACCCCACAACUGCGUCCUCUGGGCAUCUCCCGUGAACAGUUUUCCGAGCAUAUGACCAACGCCAUCAUGGCCACUUAUGGGUUGUCUCACACCCGUAACACCAAGGUUGGUAACGAUUUUGUCAGAGGGGUUUCUGGUGGUGAAAGAAAGAGAGUUUCCAUCGCGGAAGUUGCACUUGCCAACGCUCCUUUACAAUGUUGGGAUAAUUCCACUAGAGGUCUUGAUGCUGCCACUGCUUUGGAGUUUAUCCGUGCCUUGAAAACCUCAGCAGAUAUCUUGCAUUUCACUCCCUUGAUUGCCAUCUACCAGUGUUCACAAGAUGCCUAUGAUUUGUUUGACAAGGUUAUUCUUUUGUAUGAAGGUUACCAGAUCUUCUUUGGAGACGCAAUAUCCGCCAAGCAGUUUUUCAUAGACAUGGGGUAUGAGUGCCCUCCCAGACAAACAGUAGCCGAUUUCUUGACCUCGUUAACCAACCCGGCGGAACGGGUGGUUCGUCCAGGCUUUGAAGACAAAGUCCCCAGAACUGCCAAGGAGUUUUACGACUAUUGGCAAGAAUCCUUGGUGAGACAACAACUCUUGGAAGAUAUCGACCUUUAUUUCACAGAACAUACAGAAAACUCGUUAAUCAAAGAGUCACAUAAUGCAAGACAAGCUCAACACACUAACCCAAAAUCGCCAUAUAUGGUUUCUUACUUGAUGCAAGUUCGGUAUGUCAUGCAAAGAAAUAUUCAAAGAACCCGUGGUGACCCUUCGGUGACACUUUUCCAGAUCUUGGGGAACUCGCUUAUGUCCAUGAUUGUGUGUUCUAUCUUCUACAACUUGCCAUCACUGACUGGUUCCUUCUAUCUGAGAACCGCUGCCUUGUUUUUCGCCGUUUUGUUUAAUUCCUUUUCUUCUCUUUUGGAGAUUUUCAGUUUAUAUGAAGCUCGUCCAAUUGUAGAAAAGCACAAGAAUUAUGCCCUUUAUCACCCAUCUGCCGAUGCGUUGGCUUCCAUUGUUACUGAAUUCCCCACAAAGCUUUGCACAUGUGUGGCCUUUAACCUUAUUUUCUACUUCAUGGUCAAUUUCCGUCGUGACCCUGGUCAUUUCUUCUUUUACCUUUUCAUUAACUUCCUUGGUACUUUAGUCAUGUCUCAUUUGUUUAGAAGUGUUGGUGCUGCAACCAAAUCCUUAUCACAAGCCAUGACUCCUGCGUCCAUUUUGUUGUUGGCACUUACCAUUUUCACUGGGUUUGUCAUUCCAACCCCUAAAAUGCACGGCUGGUGUAGGUGGAUCAAUUAUAUCAAUCCAAUUGGGUAUGUUUUCGAAGCUUUGAUGGCUAACGAAUUCUCUGGAAGAGAAUUUGUUUGUUCUGAGUUUGUUCCUCGUGGUCCUGGAUAUCCAACCACAUCUGCUGGUUUCAAUAGAGUUUGUUCCACAGUUGGUGCAAGGAUUGGCAUGGAUUCCGUCCAAGGAUCCGACUAUAUUGCCAGUUCUUAUGAAUACUAUAGAUCUCAUAAAUGGAGAAACUUGGGGAUUGUCAUUGGAUAUAUUGUUUUCUUUUUGGGUGUUUACUUGAUUAUUGUAGAGCAUAAUAAAGGUGCUAGACAAAAGGGUGAAGUCUUAUUGUUUCAGCAGGCGGCUCUCAAGAGAAUGAAGCGAGACCACACGGGAAUUAAUCAGGAUGUUGAAUCUGGAAAGUCGGAUUUGACAUUUAAAGAAGAAUUGGAUAGCCUGGCAGAUUCCCCAGAAAAAUCAGAGAAUCCGGAAUUUACUCAUGAACAUAAUAAUAUCUUCCAUUGGCGUAACCUUACCUAUACUGUGCAAAUCAAGACCGAAACCCGUACUAUUCUUUCUGAUAUAGAUGGUUGGGUCAAACCAGGUCAAGUCACAGCCUUGAUGGGAGCCUCUGGUGCUGGUAAAACUACUCUUCUUAAUGCCUUGAGUGAUCGUCUUACAUCUGGUACCAUCACUUCUGGAACUAGAAUGGUAAAUGGGAAUCCUUUGGAUAAUUCUUUCCAACGUUCUAUUGGAUAUGUUCAACAACAAGAUCUUCAUCUUGAGACUUCCACUGUUAGAGAAGCACUUCAAUUUUCUGCUUAUUUGAGACAACCAUCUUCUGUGAGCAAAAAGGAUAAGGAUGCAUAUGUUGACUAUGUGAUUUCUCUUUUAGAAAUGACUAGAUAUUCUGAUGCUGUUGUUGGUGUUGCUGGUGAAGGACUUAAUGUUGAGCAAAGAAAGAGACUUACCAUUGGUGUUGAGCUUGUUGCAAAGCCAAAACUUUUGGUUUUCCUUGAUGAACCAACUUCAGGGUUAGAUUCCCAAACUGCUUGGUCGAUUUGUAAAUUGAUUAGAAAAUUGGCCGAUAGUGGACAAGCUAUUCUUUGUACCAUUCAUCAACCUUCAGCUAUCUUAUUGCAAGAGUUUGAUAGACUUUUGUUCUUACAAAAAGGUGGUAAAACUGUCUACUUUGGUGAUUUGGGAGAUCAUUUCCUGACUUUGAUCAAGUACUUUGAGUCUCAUGGAGCUGGAAAAUGUCCUCCAGAUGCAAACCCAGCAGAAUGGAUGCUUCAUGUCAUUGGUGCUGCCCCUGGUUCUCAUGCUACCCAAGAUUAUUAUGAAGUAUGGAGAAAUUCAGAUGAAUAUAAGCAAGUGCAACAAGAACUCGAUACCAUGGCGGAAGAAUUGGUUAAGCUUCCUAAGCUGACAACCGAGGACGAUUACAAGAAGUAUGCAACUUCCUUAUUGAAUCAAUAUUUAUUGGUGACUAAGCGGGUGUUUGAACAGUAUUAUAGAACCCCUAGUUAUAUUUAUUCCAAGGUUGGUCUUUCUGUUCUCUCCUGUCUUUUCAAUGGAUUCACCUUUUUCAAGGCUGAUAAGUCGCUUCAAGGUAUGCAAAAUCAAAUGUUCUCAGUGUUUAUGUUUUUGUCCAUUUUCCUUCCCUUAUCACAACAAUAUUUACCAAAUUUUGUUUCUCAAAGAGAUUUAUAUGAAGCUAGAGAACGUCCUUCCAAGACAUUUUCUUGGUUUGCCUUUAUUACAGCUCAGAUCACUGCAGAGAUCCCAUGGCAGAUUUUGACUGGUACUCUUGCCUUUUUCUGUUGGUAUUAUCCUAUUGGUCUUUACAACAAUGCAAUUCCAACCAACACUGUCAAUCAACGUGGGGCAUUCAUGUGGUUUUCCCUUUGUAUGUUUUUCGUCUAUUCUUCCACUCUCCCACAAUGGUGUAUUUCAUUUAUGGAAUUGGCCGACAAUGCUGCCAACUUGGCCAUGUUGUUGUUUUCCAUCACCCUUGCCUUUUGUGGUGUGCUUGUCCCCAAGGAAAAAUUGCCAGGGUUCUGGAUUUUCAUGUACAGAUGUAAUCCAUUUACAUAUUUGGUUUCCGUAGUUUUAUCAACUGGAUUGGCUAAUUCACCUGUUGAAUGUGCUUCCAAUGAGUUGUUGAAAUUUGUUCCUAUUAAUGGUACCACCUGUGGCCAAUAUAUGAAACCUUAUAUGUCGGUUGCAAAAGGUUACUUGUUAAAUUCUGCAGCAACUGAUGUGUGCGAAUAUUGUACCGUAAACACCACUAAUACAUUUUUGAAGUCAAUUGGUGCCAAUUAUCAUACUAGAGGAAGAGAUAUUGGUAUUUUCAUUUGCUUCAUUGUGGUGAAUGUUAUUGGUACUAUUUUAUUCUACUUUUUAUUUAGAGUUCCUCAUGGUGAUAGAAGUGAACAAGGGGGAAUGUUUACUAAAAUGAAUGUUUGGUUCAAGACCCAACUUGGAAAGUUGGGAAAGAAAUCUCAAGCUGAGAAACCAACCAAUUCAUAAUACAAUUGUUUUUGAUGAUAAAUAAUAAU